AUGCAGUCAGCUUCCGCAUUUCUGUUGGGGAUCUCGCUGGCCUCUGGGGUGAUCCCCACGGCAGCUUGGGACGACUUCACCGACCUCUCCGACCCAAAUUUUAUCUACCAACCCAUCUCUAUAUUCGAUGAUCGACCUCCUGAUUGUCCUCCGUGCUUCAACUGCCAGUUAGAUUCCUAUAACUGUACCCAGUACGCUCCCUGCAACAAAUACAACGGAAAAUGCUCCUGUCCCGCUGGUUUCGGAGGAGAUGAUUGUUCCAUACCGACAUGUGGCUCUCUAGCCGAUGGCGAAAAUCGUCCACCCCGAACUGGUACAACCUGUGAUUGUAAGGAUGGCUGGGGCGGUAUCAAUUGCAACGUGUGUCAACAGGACAGUGCUUGUGAUACGAUGAUGCCCGAAGGUCAGGAUGGAGUAUGCUAUAAGGAAGGCGUCACUGUUAAGCAGAAUUUCCAAAUGUGUGAUGUCACAAACCGGAAGAUUCUGGACCAGCUGGGCUCUCAAAAGCCUCAGGUCACUUCUCCUGCGACGCAGAGGAUCACACCUGCAACUUCCAUAAUCAAAGGCCCGGCUAGCUUCCGGACUACUGCGGAUGCGAAAGGUAGCAAGAGUGUGUUCUCCGAGCCCGAAAUGAACGGUCUUAUCAGUGCAGUCUUCGGCGAUCCAAGCAUUACCUUGAGUUGUAACUCGGGAGAGUGCCUGUAUAAGACCGAUCUGCCUGGCUAUUCGCGCCCUAUCAAGAAGAUCAACACCCCACUCAUUGCUGGUGUCAUUGCAGGGUGUGCCUUAUUCGUUGUUGCCAUGAUCCUCAUUAUCUGGUACCUCUCCCGUCGGGCUGCGCGCCAUAAUUAUCUUCAUCUAGCUCUAUCAGACGACUCGGACGACGACUCAACAAAACUGCUUACAGAUCACCGCCCCGCAGCAAUGUACUGGGAAGACGUUUCGUAUUAUCUCAACGGACGAGAGAUUCUCUCCAAUAUCCACGGCGCAUCAGCUCCAGGCCAGAUCACGGCCAUUAUGGGUGCCUCUGGCGCGGGAAAGACAACCUUCCUGGAUAUUCUGGCACGUAAGAAUAAGCGUGGUGCGGUUCGCGGUAACUUCUAUGUGAAUGGUGAGAAGAUCAGUGACAACGACUUCAGAGAAAUGGUUGGUUUUGUCGAUCAGGAGGACACUAUGUUGCCCACCUUGACCGUUCACGAGACUAUUCAAACUAGUGCUCUUUUGCGGUUGCCCCGGGAUAUGAGCCGGGCGGCCAAAGAGCAGAGAGUUUUGGAAGUCGAGAAGCAACUUGGAAUCUACCACAUCAGGGAUCAAUUGAUCGGAUCUGAAGAAGGCAAAGGCCGCGGUAUCUCCGGUGGUGAGAAACGCCGAGUCGGUAUUGCCUGUGAGCUGGUUACCAGCCCAAGUAUCCUGUUUUUGGAUGAGCCCACGAGUGGAUUGGAUGCCUACAACGCUUUCAAUGUCGUUGAGUGCUUGGUCACUCUCGCUAAGACGUAUAAUCGCACGGUCAUUUUCACUAUUCAUCAGCCUCGUUCAAACAUUGUUGCCCUGUUUGACCGACUUAUUUUGCUUGCCGGCGGUCGCACUGUUUACUCCGGCCCCUUUUCAUCCUGCCAACGAUAUUUCGAUCAAAUUGGAUACACUUGUCCCCCAGGCUUUAACAUCGCUGAUUAUCUUGUCGACUUGACGAUGCACGCUGGCUCUUCGCUCUCAUAUACAGAUGAGAUUGUUUCUUAUGCAGAUGGACGUCCGCCUAAGACUGCAUCAAGCAGCCUGCGAGCCAUCAAAUCAGUUGCUAGCGUCUCCAAUGUCAGCAUCGAGGAGAACUCUAGUAGCAAUACCGAGGCGGCCAGAAGACCCAAGAGUAAACGCCACGUCUCUGUGAAGCAACAGCAGGAUCGCCAGCUCUAUUCACGACGCAGAGAUACGAAGGAUCCCGAACCUCCGGCUACUCCCAAGACAGACGAAGAAGAUGCUACACUUGAUGUAGCUGAAAAUACUCAGCAAUGGCUGCGUCUGUCUCGCCAACAGGGCGGUGUCCCUCCACAGAUUCUUGAUGAUCCGGAUCAGCUUCCGCCACCCGCACCUGGUCGGACUGACCUUGAUAUUCUUGUCGACAGUUACGCGGAUUCCUAUGUUUCUCAUUCAGUUCGCGACGAAAUUUCGACGGCAGUACAAAGUGCAGAGACCGCCAACGGCUCGCAGAACUCACACCUGGAAGGCUCAGUGCCGCCAAAGAACUUUGCUCGAAUCAGCCUGGCGCGACAGUUCCUCAUUCUGUCUCAGCGCACAUGGCGCAAUCUCUAUCGAAACCCGAUGCUGAUGCUUACACACUACGCUAUUUCUAUUCUUCUCGCUGUGCUUUCAGGGUACCUUUUCUAUGGGUUGACUGAUGAUAUUAAGGGUUUCCAGAAUCGCCUGGGUCUCUUCUUCUUCAUUCUCGCACUGUUCGGGUUCAGCACUUUGACCAGUCUCACUGUGUUCUCCACUGAGCGAUUGUUAUUUGUUCGUGAACGGGCAAAUGGCUACUACCACCCCGUCACCUAUUUUGCAUCUAAAGUGAUCUUUGAUAUUGUGCCCCUGCGACUCAUCCCUCCCAUCAUCAUGGGUAUCAUUGUGUAUCCCAUGACUGGGUUGAUUCCCGCAUGGCCCGAGUUCCUUAAGUUCAUGUUGGUUCUCGUGCUGUUCAACCUUGCCGCCGCCAAUAUUUGCUUGUUUAUUGGUAUUGUGUUCCGCGAUGGCGGAGUUGCCAACUUGAUUGGCAGCUUGGUGAUGCUCUUCAGCUUGUUGUUUGCCGGUCUUUUGUUGAACCACGACGCCAUCCCCGAGUCCGCCUUGUGGCUGCAGAGUCUAUCCAUCUUCCACUAUGGUUUCGAGGCUCUCAUUGUCAAUGAGGUCACCUUCCUCACUCUCAUUGACCACAAGUAUGGUCUGGAUAUCGAGGUUCCCGGUGCCUCGAUCCUGAGUGCUUUUGGUUUCAACAAUCUUGCCUACUGGUAUGAUGUGGUUGGCCUAGCUGUCAUCUCAGGUUCCUUCAUCAUCAUCGCAUAUGCAGCCAUGCAUUUCCUGCUUGUCGAGAAGCGUUAG